UUGCAGAGUUUCGAAUAUGCGGUGGAAGUGCUCCGUAGCGUGCAGAACUGUGAUUUCUUACCAGUUGUGAUAAUAGAAAACAAAAUAGAUCUCAUCGAUGACUACGACUUUUCGAACAAGGAUGUCAUUGAAAACUCGGUCAGACAAGCAAGGAUACGGCUCUACAGAGUUUCGGCCAAAAACGACUUCAAUGUGAUGCAUCCAUUUGCCUACGUAUUAGAAAAGCUACUCCGAUACAGUGAUGAGAACGCCAAUGUUCACGAGAAAAGCAGCUUUCAAACUUUCCAUCGGCCAUCUCGCGAAGGCUGGGUGGAGCGACCGGUGACAAGGUCGAGAAAAAAGAGCGUCAAUUGUACCAUUAUGUAA